AUGGGUUCAACACAGUUUGGAAACUUUAAUGACUUCUGUCGAGACUCAACAUUACCUGUCUGUAAUUUAUUUACUAUACCACAGCGAUGUGCGCUUACCGGAAUAUCAUUGAGCAAUGGCCGACACCUUGGUAACUUGGGGUCGAUAUUGAUUUGUGGCAUUGCGAUAGCUGUUUCAGCAUUCCUCAUAUGGAGGUCUGAAAGGAAACAAGCAGCUGUUGGGCGAAGGGAAAUGCAACUCUUCCUUCUCGGAUACAUCAUAAUUGAGAUAUGUGAGAUCUUUACUGUUGGAAGAUUCCCUCUGAGUAACGAUGUCCGAAUUGCUUUCACUGGAAUACAUCUUGGAAUGAUAAUUGCCACGUUAUGGAUCUUGUUGCUCAACGCUGUAGUAGGAUUUCAAUUACUGGAUGACGGCACGCCUUUGUCGCUCGGCUUGAUAGUGGCAUCUGCAGCAGCACUCUUCAUCGGAACCGGCUACAUCGCUCUUGACACUGGAUACAACUGGACAAGUUAUUGGCAAAGCAGCGUAACCGACGAACCCCACCGUAACAUUGCACUUUACGUCCUUUACCAACUAGCACCUCUUGUGUUCCUCUUCGCAUUCUUCGUUUUGGAGACUGCAUUGGUCAUUCGAGUUUUGGGUGAGCGCAAACCGAUGAUAUACUUGGCUGCCGCAGCUUUACUCUUCGCCAUUGGUCAGAUAUUCAACUACGUCGCCAGCGUACAUAUUUGCACUGGAACAAGUGGGAAAAUCGAUGGAGCACUUUUCGAGACCCUCUUCACUUUACUCUCCGUCGUCGCCAUCUGGGCAUUCUGGUCCAGCAUCACUGAGGAUGAUUGGCCAAUGCCAGUAACCAGUCCCUAUAAUCCUUGA